AUUUAAGCAUUAGAGAUAUUUUUUUCAUUCAUGGAACCGAUACCACCUCUGAAGAAACCUAAUUUUCCUCAUCAAUGGACUCCAAUCAGUACUCAAUUUUCAUCAUUUCCCAUAAACAAAUUUUCCCUAAUUCAAAUCCCCAUUCCAAUUACACCAAAACUUCAUUUGAAAUCCACCCAAAAAAUUCCUCAAAUCAAAAGCUCAGUUGAGAAAAUGAAGAAUGUCGAAGCCUCAAUCCCAACCAUGUCCGAUAUCAUGGAGUCAUCAAGAAGACAAAAUCUCGAUCUUCAGCUUCAAACAUUUGGGCCUUUUUUCAGAAUCACAGCCAAAAGCUUGGAAACUCAGAGGGAAUUGGGUAGAGCUGAAGGAGUGAUUAGGGUUUGGUAUGGCGGCAAAAUUCUGCAUUUGGAUUCAAUUAGACUGCAAAGAGAGACGCUGGGAAUGGAGAAAUCAAUAUUUGGUAUUGGAUUGUUCAUUGGAGCAGUGGCAAUUAGACAUGGAUAUGAUUCUGGUUGCAAAAAAACUGAGCUGCUCGCCAUCAAUGACACUGACCUUUACCAUUUGAAGCUUGUAAGAUUUUACAAAAGAAUUGGAUUUAGUGUUGUGCAUGAGGUGACUGGUUCAUCACUUGGAGAUCUGUGGCACAUGUUAGUUUGGGGAGGUGUUGGCACACGAAUGGAUGCAAAUGUUGAAGAUCUUAUGAUCAAAUGGUGUACUAGAUUUAAGAAUCAAAGAACAUCAUCUUCUUAAGGUUAUGAUGAAAAUUUUGAUUUGGCCGAGGAUUAGAUUUUUUGUUGGAGGGCUAAGAAGUGGUUCGUUGUUAAUUAUGUACUUAGGUUUUUUCUCCCAUUCGUGUGUUUCAACUCACUCUUCGAGAUAUGGUUACAGUACCAUGUUACUUGAUACAAGAAAAUUGUAAAUGAUUUCACAUUAUUUCAUUUAGUUGAAUCUUGUUUAGUUCGUCGUGCU